AUGGAAGGUCUUAAAGAUUUGCUUGCUCCUAAAACACUUCACUGGUUCAGUUAUGUGGCAAAUGUAUGUUGGAUUUUGCUCGGAAUUAUCCUAUCAGCAAUCUUUCUAGACAUUGAAAACAGCGAACCGAGAUUUGACUUUCGCUGUGGCUCAACAGGCGACAAGGAACUCAUUCGUGGAAAGUGUUACGAACAGUACGAUAAACAAUACAACAAAUUCCCUGUUUAUGGAUUCGUAAUUAUUAACUUUCUUGUUACUGCAAGUGUUUGUGGAAUAUACUCACAAGCGGUGAAGUCGAAAGUUGAGGAACUUGAAAGCAACGCUAGAAACGCCGAUGAUGAUUUAGAAGGGCAACCGACGCCCCCGAAAAAGCUUUUCAAAGCGUACUGUUUACAACUUCUUGCCAGAUUUGCUCUCGGAAUUUCUUUUGUCCUUCUGCAGACCAAAUUACUUUAUCCUCUCAGCUUUCCCUCGAACUUCAAUUGUAACUUAACGAGAGACGAGAGGUUUUCAGACAUCACGGCAAGUGGGUCUCGCAACGGAACACAAACGCAAACGUCAUACGAAUGUCAUAAUCAGCGAGCAGCUAAGAAGACCUUCUGGGCUGAUGCCGUGAUUGUUGUAACUGGAGUUUUCGCGUUUCUUGUUUUUAUCGAGUCUCUUUAUUUGUUACAUGUAUGGCGUGCAAAAAAAGGAGAAAGGUUCACGGAGAACCGGAAAUUUCAUAAAUAUUAUCUCAGUUCGAAUCCGUCUAGUGACCCCCUGAUAGAAUCGGAAGAGUUACACUCCAUCAGCGACGAUGUCAUCCCAUCAGCCGUCACUUUCAUUGAACGUAUGAAGAAACAUAUCCGAGGAGUCACUGAACAACCCUACGUAGAUCCUGCUACGCCUUUCCACCGUAAACCGGGUGAAGGCUCAAAAAGAUAUCUAACGCUUGACCACAUCUACACCGAUUUAAGUAUUCACGAAAACAGAGCUCUGCAUGAAUUUAGUGGAGAUAGAGAGAAACAACUGAAAGAAUACUACAGAACCAGAGAGAAAUCUCGACCAACACUGCCGGGAGAUAUUUUUGAUGCUGAACGAAAACCGCGGAAAAUUCUUGUUGUUGGUCGUCCUGGAAUUGGAAAAACCAUGUUUUGCUCAAAGAUUCUUCGCAAUUGGGCUUCCGAUAAGUUGUUCAACAAGGCACAAAAAUCUCGAUUUGAUUUCAAACUCGCUUUCCUCGUUAAGUUGAGGAAGUUUAACCACACAAAUGACGAAAUUAAUCUUCGCCAACUCCUGGAUGCAUCGGAGUAUUCUAAACUACCAAUAUCCGAUGACGUUUGGCACUACAUUACAGAAAGGCCAGACAAACUGCUCCUUAUUUUUGAUGGAUUUGACGAAUAUUCUGGAAAGGUUAGAAUCAAUGACGAUGACUUAUCGAUCAGUAACCAUGUAGAAGACUCGAUGCCAGUUCAUUUCCUGUACAAGAAAUUAUUAUCGGGGAAAAUCCUUCCCGGUGCUACAGUCUUAACGACCACAAGACCAACCGCCGUGUCAUUCUUUGAAGCAACUAUUGCCUUUGAAAGAAUAGUUGAAAUUCUGGGAUUCAACUCUGAUAAAGUGGAAGAGUAUGUGGACAAAUUCACAAAAGAGAAAGGCGAUGAUGGCAAAGGAGAAACCAUAAAGCAACACAUCAGAAGUAGCCUUAACCUCCAAUCCUUCUGCUACAUUCCUGUGAAUUGCUUCAUCAUUUGUUCGUGCUUGUUACACUUGCUGAACUCACCCGUCUCCGGCUGCCUUCCUACAAGACUAACCGAACUAUACUCCAUUGCCAUCAAGAUUUUUUACUUUUGUCACGAUGAUAUCCAAAGCCGUUACCCAUUACAUGAAGCUCAACAGUUUUAUUUAAAGCCAUUUAAUGCAUUACCUGAACAUGUGCAAAAACUGUUUAAGAGACUGGGAGAAAUUGCUUUUCAAGGAAUCAAAGAAGGAAGACUCAUUUUCGAAUCAGGCGAAGUCGAUGAGCAAGAAAACAAUGGUUUGUUCCACCGUUUACCUGAUAGUUUUAGCGGUUUAACGGAAGGACGAGCACAAUAUUGUUUUUUACACCUGACGAUACAGGAGUUCUUUGCGGCGAAGCAUUUGGUGGACACGUACAGAUCCGAAGACCUGCAGAAGUUUGUUUCCGAUCACAUCCGGGAUGGCGCCUGGAAGGUUGUGAUGCAGUUUGUGGCUGGACUACUGGCUGAAAAAGAAGGACAGUCAACAGAUAUUUUCAGUGACCUCCUUCCCUCGGAAACUUCUUCUAAAAAAGUUGUAAUCAAGAUGAAUGAAGAUUCAGAGGAAGGAACUGAAACACUGACCCGUUGGCCAGCUAUUGAAGACAGGGCUUUAGUGAUGACGCUAUUCAAUUGCAUGUAUGAGAACAAAGCCUCUGAUCGAGAAGUUCAAAAGAAACUGGUGAAAAUUGGUUGUAAUGCGCUUAAUUUUAGAAAGUGUAAGCUGGAACCUCUCGACUGUUUAGCAUUAGUGCAUGCACUUAAAUCUGUUGAAGGAAUUUUGUAUUUUGAUUUAAGCGAAAACAACCUUCAGUCGCUAGGAUGUAUUGAGAUUGCGAAGUUGUUACCUGGCAACGAACACAAUCAGGGUAUUUGCGAACUAAAAAGAUUAAACCUCAGUCUUAACAACAUAACUGAUGAAGGAGUAAAACAUUUAUCUACAGCACUCACACACACCAACUGCAAACUAAACAGCUUAAACCUCGGGAAUAACAACAUAACUGAUGAAGCAGUUAAACAUUUAUCUACAGCACUCGCACACACUAACUGCAAACUAAACAGCUUAUACCUCUGGCGUAACAACAUAACUGAUAAAGGUAAAAAUCUCCUAAACUCAAUGAACAUAAACUGUAUAGUAGUUUUCUAUUAAAUCUUGUAUGCAAUGUAAAUGUUUCCCUGUUGAAGGAAUUUUGGAUUUUGAUUUAAGCUUCAACAACCUUCAGUCGCUAGGAUGUAUUGAGAUUGCGAAGUUGUUACCUGGCAACCAACACAAUCAGGGUUUUUGCGAACUAAAAAGAUUAAACCUCGCUUUUAAUCAGAUAACUGAUUAACACCACACUAACUACAAACUAAACAACUUAAAGCUGAAUCAAUAUUGCUUUCUCUUAACUUAAAGCUCAAAAAGAUAACUGAUGGAUGUAUAAAACGCUUCACUGACAGCACUGCACUCACACAUACUAACUGAAAAAGAAACAAAGCUUUGAUCUUAGAACUAACAAAAUAACCCAGCAAGGGAAAUAUCUCUCAAACGCAAGGAAAAUAAACUAUAAAGUAUUUAUCUAAGCAUGUGUAAAUAUAUUUUUCUGAAUAGCAAUAAUUUGAGCUACAGUCUUUGACAUUAUAUUUUCGAUUUUUUAAAAAGAGGUUUUAAAGUUUUUUAUUAGUUCGGCCAGCAGGUAGCUUCUAAGCAAUCUCGAAGCUCUUAGGUUUCCGUAAUAUAUAUUGUUUUGUUUUGUUUUUUUUUUUCAUAAUAAUAGUGUGGGUUUUUGUGAGAAGAGAAAAUUUGUUUGGUCAUUACUAUAUCUUUACAUAGAAACAGGGUGUGAUUUGAAGAAACUAAAAGCUGAAAAGGUUUAGAAUAGAUUACAGUUUACUAACUCUUAAAAAAUCUCCACUUAUCGUGAAGCCUAGCGUUAAUAACAAUGUGCAUUCAUGACCCAUAAUGAAGACUGGAACAAAUUGAUGGACAUUUAUAUAUAUUCAACUUAGAUAACUAAACAUACAGCUACAUAUGAAGACAUUUUCCUAUAGGAAUGUAUAGUAUAAUGUGAUAAUGCUCCACUGAUUCACAGUAAGCGUCACCUUAGAAUUCUACUUUGCAGUUAUUGCUUUUUCUAAAAGUAACUGAUACAUCAUGUUUAGCUUUCCUGAAAGUAUUCAUCCUUGUACAUAAGUUUAGUUUUUGAUAUGAUUAAAGUUCUGUUAGACCAGUAUUAUAGAUGUCGGCCUGGCCUCCCUCCUUAGUAAAUCAAUCUGUGUAUCCAGCAAAAUGCAGGGAAAACUGCCUUUGGGACAAAAACGCAGAGAAAUGUCUAACAAGGGGAUUGUGCGGGGAGGGGGGCGGAGAGUAUGCAUUCCCUUUUACUGCACUGAUACUUUAUCUUCGGCUUAGAUGUAAAACUUUGUAUAUAAAACGUAACGGAUUCAGACCCGCUUGAGGUGGUUUCGAGGUGGAGCGGAUGUUUCAUGCCCAAAAUGAAAUGUCUCAGCGGAUCGGUUUUGGUCACGGCAAGGGCCUCGCCAUUUGUUGAGGUUAAAAAAUCUUUUUUCUGACCAAGUAAUCCUGCCCUCAAUAGUUUGAAAGCAGUGGCCUUACUGGCAGUCAGACAUUUUUGAAAAUUCGUGUGGCUCGCUUUUGUACACGCUCGAUCUUCGACUUCAACGAGUACUGGUUUGGUGACCACACUUGAGUCGCGUGCUUCACCUGGGACUUCACCAGAGCCUCCGCCUCACAUUGACGUCCGUUAUGAGACGGCAGGCCCACUUCAGAGGUCCAAGGAGCUUGUUGGCCUUGGCGACGAUAGUAUCAUGUGCGUGUCCAGCCUGCGUAGCAAGCGCUUGGAGGUAUUUGGAUGAAAGAAAGAACAGGCGCGCGAGAGGGAGACACGCGCGCCUCGUUCUUUCUUGCGUCCACUAGUUCCAAGGGCCUGCUACGCAGACUAGUACGUGUCCCAAGAGAGGGAGCUAGGGGUGGUGACUCUGAGAUCUUUGUACUCAGUACCUUGUUUAAGGUGCACGCCAUCAAGGUGUAUGACACAAGUUUCAUUAAUAAAACGCGCGUUUUAUUUUGCCACAAAACUAAAUAACGAUAAGUCCGAGCAAAAUCCAAAAUACAUUUGCCACAUAGCUGAGCAGAAUUAAAAAGAAUUAAGAAUCAAGAGCUAGUUAAAAAAGAUAUGUUUUGAGUAAAGAUUUAAACUUUUGAACUGUUUUUGAUUUCCUUAAAGAGAUUGGUAAUGCAUUCCACCAUGUGGGAGCAUUAACAGAAAAAGAUCAACAUCUUCCCACGAGGGAAAUCUAAUAGUAAUCCGUCAUUUGAUCGCAGAUAAUAAGCAGAUUGAUUCCUUACUCAAAUUAAAUUCCUGAUAUAGGGACUAUAUACUGCAUCACACCUUUUUGCUCUGACGCGGUCGUUUCAUCGCCAACCAUCAACCUUUAUCCGCCCUGGGCAAAAGAUAUAAGGUUCUGCUUUUGUAAAAAGUUACAAAAACUUAGUGGUGAAUAGUGAAAAAACAUUUUAAUUCGGGAAAAUAUAAAGAUAAAAACCGGUUCUAUAUAAAGAGAGUAAAUGUAAAUUUGAAACUUUCGUAAAGUGGAAUAAAGAGUUGCCUCUUUAUCUGUUUUCCGUUUAGUUCUUGUUUACAAGGUUUUUAGUCGGCACGUGAGCACAGUGAAGCCUCAAAAAAAAAAUUUUCUCUUUGAAUUUGAGUUUGACGCCAUGAUCGCGUGAGCCAAUGACGUAAAAGUUAGGUUUGCAAGGGCGCAUGGUAUAGCUAAUGGAAGGUUUUCAGCGUUGGCUGGCGACAACGUGAGAGGAGAAUUGUGGCUUCUUUUUAAUCAAGGAUGGAAAAUGACUUAAAUUUGCUGCGAAGUAUUUUGGGCGCUGUUAAAAGAAGACUUCUCAUGGAAGUAGGUAGAGGACUUGGGAGUGUAGGCUGAUUGUAAGUUCGGUUCGCUCGAGGUAAGGAAUCAGAAUCUCAGAAGCAUGUUCAUUAUGAUUUAUCGUUCUAUUUGCGAUAAUAAUAUAAGCUUUUAGUUUAAACUGAAAUGAUUUAUGCCUGUAUGUGUUGCGGUUUGUCGUAUUCCAUAUGGACAGCUAAAAGAAAAGGGUGUUAACGUUUGUUUGACUGCUAGCGAGGAAAAGGAGUGUUAAAAACAUGGCAACGUAAGGUGAAAAUACGUUGCUGUGGUAAAAUUGACACCAGCUGACUGCAUGUAAAACAUCUGGAUGAAUUUAUUGAUAAAUUCCUAUAGAAAGAGUAAAAUUAAAACUAUAUUAUAAAGUUUACGAUUGGCGAUUAAGAAUAUUGAUAAAAAUAUUUACAUGUUUAUCUAAAAAUGGUCGUGUAAAGUUCAGAUGAAAUUUAACUUUUGGGACUAGGUAAAUCAAAACAUGGAUAAUUGAAAAAAGAUUAAGUGUCUUUAUUUUUUUUAAAAAAAUUAUUUACAUAAUUCUGCAUUAUAAUAACGUAUUAAAUAUUUUUAUAUGAACAUGCAUGUUAUUUGCUAUCAAGAGUAUAAUAAGUUAAAUUUGUGAUGCUCAGUAUUAUAGAGAAAGAAUUGAAAUAAUUGUGGUCUAGCUUACUAUUUAUGUGGUAGUAGAUGAUGUAGAUAAAUUACUAGAAAAGAUCUGACAUAAAGGGAAAUGGAGCUGGUAAAAGUAUAUUUUGAAUUCAAAGUAUAUUGACAUAAUAUUUACAUUUAAGUGGUAGAGUUAUUAAAAAGGAUUAGUUUUUUUGGUAACAUUUUAGGGACCUGUCAUUUAUUAGAGGUGGCUGGAGGGCUGGUGCAAAUGGGGGGAGCAGAGGGUCAUUAAAUUUUAUGCAGCCAAAGAAGGGGAGGGUCACUUAAAAUUUAAGCUGGACUCUGGGGAGGGCCAUAUCUUUUUUGGCGAACAUUGCUGUUCACUUAAAAUAAAAAUAAAAAAACAAAUAAAAUAUAUUAUUAAACAAAUAAGUCCCUUGCACAGUAAGCAUUUUAAACUUUAACAAUGAUCAACCUGAACAACCCAACAACCCUACACAUAUGUCAACUGUUGCAUAGAAAGUGGUCUUUACAUAUCAAACAAAACAUUUUAUAUCUAAACGUUCCUGAUGAUUUUCUGUCAGAACCAACUAAUCAACACAUAUUAAAUUCUGGAACAGUAUAAAUUAAUCCAGCUCACAUUAUACCCCUCAAUGGAGCAUCACAAUAUUUAAGGUUUAGUCACCAUGCUCCUCAUUCUCUGUCAAGCUGUCACUAUCUUCCCCAGAGAGACUUUCAUCUGUAUCCAGUUCUUCCUCACUUUCUUCCAUAAAACCUUCUAGAUAGUCUUGUGCUGUUGUAAUGGCUUGUUCUAUCAAGUGACCAUUCUUUGCCAUUUUUGUCAGCCACCUGACCUGUCUAACUGAAAGGCGUGCAAGAGAUUCUACAUUCACAUUGUCAAUAACAUCUGAAUUUAAGUCUGCUGACAAAAGCUGAUGGAGCAGUUUAAAGUUUUUACUUUCUCCCUGUUGUUUCCUUCUUUGCUCUUCGCUUUGUUCUGUUUCUUUGAUCUUUACCUUGAUUUGUUUUUCAACAGUAACACACCAUGAAACAUGUCUUUGCAUUGAUCAAGUUUCUCAUUAAGAUAUUUCAUUUCACUGUUUACUCUUUUUUUUAGCUUCAUCAAGUCUUUUAAUAACAUCUUCAUCACACAAUUUAGAAUACUCUUCUCCUCGUAUCAAAUUACCAGUCUUUGAGUGAAAGAGGGUGUUGAGGUGAGCUUUAAUGCAUCUAUCCAAUUCCUUUUGCGUUGCUACCUGUACAAGAUCAGGGAGCGAGGAAAGCAACACACUUUCUGUUACGAACUGCACAAGGUUAAAGUUGAUCUUGUUUCUUAAUAAUCCCUGUCAUAUCUUUUAGCGUGGGGAGGGACAUAACUUUUUUGGGCCAUACAAUGGGGAGGGUUACAGUUUUUUUUUUGCAGGAAAUUGGGGAAGGGCAGAAAAAAAUUCACCUGGGAAAAAAACAUAAGUACCAGCCCUUCCCCCCUCCCCGCCUCUAAUAAAUGACAGGUCCCUUAUAUGUAUAUGUGAGUAGAAGUGUGUGGAGUUUAGUUGAGUUACAGUAUGCCUUUGUAAGUUUGGGGAUGUAUGGGUUGUGGUAUUUGUAUGUGUGGUAUUUAUACCAGUUUCUCUGUUCUUUUGUCUUUGUAUAAAGUCUUGUUGUAAACAGUGGGUCCGGUGAUGUCAUCAGUUUGUUUGUUUUUGAGGCAUCGUUGGUGAGCGGUACUUAUAAUCCAUGGAAAUGAAUGUUCAGUGAUCAGUUGUCUAGGGUAGUCCAAAACAGUAAGCUGGGAGCUUUAGCAACGACAAUGGUGACAGCAACAAGAACUUCUAAAAAGCAAUAGGCUUGUUAUUAAGCAAAACGACAAAUUUGCACAUGCAUCAUGCUUUUUUUGUACAUUUCUUUGCCGUAAUUGCAUGACUAUGAUGUGAAAAUGCCUAAUUGCAAGUUUUAUGGAGGACGUAAGCAAGCGAUGACGAAUCCUCUCUUUCUCUUUCUAAACUUGAGUGCGGUCUCAAAGAAUCCACUCCAUAGAAAUUUGCCUACAUUUGGACAUUUUCAGCGAAUUAGAAUAAACACAACAAAGUUUGAAAAAAUGUGCAUUCAUUUUAAAAGUGACAUUUUUGGUGCUGUCACCAUCGUCGAUGCUAAAGCUCCCCAGGCUGAGUGUGAAAUGGUGGUGAAUGAAAUUGAAGUUGUCUAUUGUAGCUGACAGUCUACUGUAUCGUAUUGUUUCAGUUUUUAUGAUGCCAGAGAAAAUGUGAUGGGGAUGGUUUGAAGAAAAAUGAGGGUACAUGUACUUAUGGUGUGGUUUCUGGUAGAUCUGGUAGUGGACUAAUAUGGUAUCUGAUGGUGAAAUGGUUGAGUGACAAGGAGAGAUCCAGGUAAUGAGUGGUAUGGUGAUUUGACGUGAAAGUGAUCGGUAUUUGUGGUGGGUAUGAGGUGUAGAGGUUAGAAAUAAUGUUAGAUAAAUUAGCUUUGCUGGUUAGCAUAAAACCAUCGUCUAUGUAAUGGCAGAAAAUAAUCAAAGUGUCUGUAAGCCGCAAAACUCAGAAAAAAUUAUGUUGUUAGUAAAAUCUAUAUUAAGAUAUUUAGAAUUUAAAGCUCAUAAAGAAAUAAUAUUCAAAUUUUUUCUUUGCCAGUUUUUUUCUGCUUACGUCUAUGUUAUCCCUUUGACAAAAUAAUUUUAUUUUUGAAAAAGUCUAUGUAUUUUCCUGUAAUUCCUGAUAAUUCACACGAUUUUUGAGGUCAUGAUAGUUCUGUUGUUUUCUACGAAAUAAUUUUGUGACCUCAUAGAUCACAUUUCAUCUUUUACGUGGUACAGAUCAUACCUGUUGAAUAAAAGGAGUAAAUUAAAAAAAGAUAGAAAAAAUAGUCAGAAUACAUUUAUAGUUGUAUUAUCUGCCUUAAAAUUUGUGCUUGGUAACGUACAAAAAGAAUGUUUGAUUACGCACUAUUAGAAAUAGUCAGGGGCACCCAACGGCAGUUUUCGGGAAAAUAUCUGUUCGGAAGACGAUUUGAGAUCUAGAAUUUUCGGAGCAUUUGUUGUAAAAUUUCUUGCUUGCCUGCCUCUCCUAGGAUUUUCUAACAUCUACAAAAUGGUAUAAUUACCCAUUUUUAACGGAUUUUGACCCUAAAAAAGGCCACCUAGAAUUUUCGGGAGCCUUUUUCUGGCUGAAAUUUUCGAGAAGGUAAGUUUUUAUCCCUAUAAUUUUCGGAUCACUAGACUUUCAGCUAGGAAAUCCGAACAGAUGAAAAGUUUUUAGGGGAUAAAAAUAUGCCUAUAUCUACCGUUUAAAUACUAAAAUACGUUCAACAAUGCUAUGUUAAGUGGUUUUGAAGUAUAUCCUCGUUGGGUGCCCCUGAUUACUGAGAAUUUAGUAUUGCUUUUGAACGAUAUUGUAGUGAAAUUGAUCUAUGGACCAAAUUUGUAACCCGAGCAGUUUAGAGGAAGCACAUAAAUCUUCAUGAAUGGACGGUGAAACUAUUGAUUGACAUAAAAUCAACAUGUAUGAAUCGAAUACAUACAUAAUGUACAUGUGAUUUAUAUCAGAAUCACUGAAAAUUUAAUAUUACUUUAAUAAUUUGAACGAUACUGUAGUAAGAUCUCUCUAUAAUUAGCAUGAAAAGUUGUUUGACAAGUACACUUGUGUAUAUUUUGGAAAACUGCCCUGAAAAAUGGGCAAAUACGUACCAGAAGAUCUAUUAUGCACGCAACCGAAAUUAGUCAUGACGUCUUGACGAUAUGUCGUCAUUAAUAAGGGAUUAAGCUUAACGCUACAGCAGUGAACAGAUUUCCACUGGAAGGAUUCCCUGCAUAUGAAAAUUGAACUUUUCAAAGGGAUAAAUUCUAACUUUCUUCAGGUCAGGAAUAGAAAACUGCAAUGAAUAGCCUGUUCAUGUUGAAUAAUGUUGAAGAAAAAGCUCCGUGGUUGAGGGUCGCUUUUGGGAAGCCGUGAAUAUUCAAGGGCAAGUCGUGUAUACAUCGACCUACAUCUAACACGUGUAUGAAUAGAGAAUUUUCGAGAGGAAUUUGAUAUCGUUUUAUAUGUAAACAUAUAUGGCGCAAUAUUUGCCACAAGUAAUCUCCUAUUAGGAGAAACAAUUUAGUCGUAAGAUUGUCAAAGUAGAAAUACUAUAACAGAAUACAGAUAUAUAUAUUUUAUGCCUUGUUAUUGAAAUUGCAUGAUCGGUACUUGCGAAAAAAGAGUUGCUCUCAUGACCAGGUCUCCCUUAUCAAGAAGGAUCGUAAGGACGGUUGAAGCACCUUAAGGAGUAGCCUCCCUCGUUGAAGGUUUCCACUUCAUCAUGUCGGCAUAGGAGGCUACUUUACGAGCUGAAGAGCAUCCUUGAGGAUGGUACCUCUGGGAUGACAAUUUCAUUUUGGGUCGUUAUACGUUUCUGGGAAACUGCCCACCUGCCUCUCCUCUAAGCCAACAUUAACACUUACUUCUCGCUUAGGGCAAAAUAUUGGCAUAGGGGAGGGGUAGGUGCGUAGUUACCCAGAAACUUAUAAUCCGGAAUUUUAGAAAUAAGAUAACUUUGAUCCUAUAAAGGGUUUUGGUUCUGAUUGAAGCCAACCUCAAAAACUGGUCGCCUGACAAAACGGCCGACAUUUCCCGACGUAACCGUUGGUUCUUCCACGAAAUGAAGUCUGAUGAAGGAGCUCAGAAUUUCCAUACUGAUGACGUGUCACUAUCCAGAUCUGGACAGUGACACGUCAUCAGUAUGGAAUUUCUGUAGUCAAUCGUCAGACGCAAUUUCACGGGAAACCAGUUUUAGCGUCGGGAAAUAUCAGCUGUUUUCUCACUCCCCAAAACUUAUUGGGAGAGAGAAAAACUACUUUUAGCCAUAAAAAUUAUCGUGGCCGGUCUAAAAAGUAGAGAAUUACAUGAGGAAAAUGUAGUUAGUUCUUUGCAACCAGUUAUCACAGGAGCCCAUCAAAAGGAGCCUCCAUCUCCAUUAAUUUCUUGAGUCAACCCUUUCCCGAGUAGAUUUAUAAAUAGAACGGCUUGUUUCCCGCGAAAAGUGUCAUAUUUCCGUGAGUCUCGUAUGUCACCGUGAAAAAAAUGAAGUUGGAUGAAGUCGAACUCAGAAGCCCGUCCUUCGACCGUUUUCCUUUUUUACUAUACGUCCAUUUUUACAGUUUUACAGCCGCUGGGAUCUGGGAUGAAAUAAAAGUUAAUGAAUUACCCGACUGAGACUGAGCAUGAAGCGAUGGGACAAAGGCAGCGAACUGAGGAUCACGGAAAGGUUCUUUGCGAGUGUUUGUUUUUGUUUUUGUUUUUGUUUUUGCCGUCAUACAUCCCACAUUUAAGCAUGCACCUUGAAAAGAGUCGACGAUUAAGCGUUCUGUGGACGAUUUGAAACUUUUCGAUGAUCAGCGCCGAAAAAGUGCCAGGAUCAUUUGAUUUUUGUCAUCGCCGUGGAGUGGAUUUCGCCAGUUAAGCACCGCGUGCAAAAGCGAUGACCUAAAUAGCAACUAAGGAGGAAUGCUUCAGAAAAAUUGCAGUCUUCCUUUACAGCUGACUUGUAUCACCAUGAGAGUUGCCUGAUAAAACUGGCACUUGAAAAGUUGAACAGAAGACAACAGUUGCUCGACCGUGGAAUAACGGUGGAAUUUGCGACAUCGCUCUCCAGUCCAAAGACCCACUUAUCUCAAGAAAAACAAAAUGGAUUGUAUCUACGCCCAAAGAAUUAUGACUGACUAACAGGAGAAUUCUCAGCAAUUAAUGUAGAAGUUUAGGCCAAUUCUUUCCUUCGAAUUCGCAUCUGUAGAUCACUUUUUUGCGAGAAAACAAUGGCUGGGCUUCGCGUUACAAAACAUAGCAGGGAAUCAUGACACUAACUGACGGACAAAACAACCAGAGUAUUUAUUCAGACAAACGCAUUUCGGAGAAAAACUUGAAAAACUAGAAAUUUGAUUAAUAUUGAGUCAUUUAGCCGAAACAAGAACCUUAACGCUCACAAAAAAGUGGCUAAACAAAACGAAUCCUGUCAGAACUACAGACUGCAGGUAGUAGUUAAUCAUUACGCAUGUAACAGAACAGCUUCAUGGCCUCUUAUAAAUGUGAGACAAACAACCAAAAUUAAAGUCACGUUUCACUAGCUUAUGAUUUUGUUUGGUCUGUCAGCACCGGAUUUCCUGCUGUUUCAUGAAGUACAAUAAUAGCAGUGUCAUUUAGUCGUUGUGAUUGGCUCUUCCCACCGUCGGCGCGCGAAGUCUCCCCUGGGAACCGUUCUAAUUAUAAAUCUACUCGAGAAAGGGUUGACUCCAAGGGAGAUGGUAUGGGAGAUGGAGGCUCCAUUUGAUGGGCUCCUGGUUAUCACUAUUACACCAAGAAAAGACAUCAGAUAUUGUAUUUUUAUAAACAUUUUUUGAGAAGAGAAAAUACUAAACGAAUUAAUGUUUUUCAGUAUUUUUUACAUGCACUCUAAAGGGCCUGUUUUAAUCUUCUCCUUAUCUCGUACCCAGAUCUUCCACGGCCAGAGUGGGAUCUGGGUACAAGAUUAAAACUGACCUCACCGAGUUUUACGGGGUUGGAUUCGACUGACUCUUGCUGACCAUAAUACCAUAAGCUUUUGAAGAACGCGAACAUGUUUUUACUUUGAUGUGUACACGUGCGUAACUGGGAAAGUACAAACUUCAGCCUCAUCCCCGCGAGGCUUCUCGGCCACAUUCCGUCUCAGAGGCACGCAUCUUCUCAGCUAUUGUCGGUGGGAGAAUUUGUCGGAUUUGGGGUGGAAAAGUUUAAUCUCGGUUCUCCAAAGUGCUCCGUUGGAAACGAUAGGAUUCACAGCUACGGCGAUUUUUAAAUUUGCCACAAAUAUAUUUCAAGAGUGAUACGUAUAGCUCGCAACACAGGUGUGGCUGUAACGGGCCCCUACAUUACUGCUGUAAAGAGCCUGUACGCGGGCGGGUGCAGCAGAAAAUCCCAUGCUUCACGAAGAAUGAUUGCUCACAAACAGAAAGGCUAUGACCAGUUCAUACGCAUUUUCAAGAAUAAUACCGAAUAUUUUCCACAAUUAUUUCAAGAAUAAUACGUAUAGCUCGCAACACAGGUGUGGCUGUCACGAGAGCCUGUUCGCGGGCGAUCGCAGGAGAAAAUUCUAUGCUUCAUGUUUAAGGAUUGCUCACAAACAGAAAGGCUAUGACCAGUUUAUGCGCAUUUCUAACAACAAUACCGAAUAUUCUAGAUACGAAAUCUUUGACCUGACGCGAAUGUUCAACAAACAGUGUUUUUGUGAUUCAAAUGUACCAAACAGCCAUGGUUGAUUACAUCUGAAUCAUUUUCCUCGUUCCAUUAUUUCUAAUAGAAAACAAAAGCUAAAUGCAAGCAUCUUUUUUUCGUUAAGCAAGAAAUCGAAAGACAGUCGACAUGCAAGAAAUAAUGAAUUUGGUCUCUCGUAAAACACUUCACCGAUUCAGUUAUGUUGCAAAUUUCUGUUGGAUUGUGCUCGGAAUCAUCCUAUCAGCAAUCUUUCUAAACAUUGAAAACAGCGAAUCGAGAUUUGACUUCCGUUGAGGCUCAAAUGGCGACAAGGUCUACAAAAUUGGGAAAUACAUCAGGAAAAUGUAAUUAAUUCCGCCUUUGCAAUUAGUUAUCACUAUUACGCAAGGAAAAGACAUCAGAUAUUGUAUUUUUAUAAACAUGUUUUUGAGAAGAGAAAAUAUUAAACGAAUUAAUAUUUUGCAGUAUUUUUUACAUGCACUUUAAAUGGCCCGUUUUAAUCUUCACCUUAUCUUGUACCCAGAUCUUCCACGGCCAGAAUGUGAUCCGGGGACAAGAUUAAAACUGACUCCACCGCGUUUUACGGGGUUGGACUAGAUUGACUCUUGCUCACCAUAAAAUCUUAAGCUCUCGAAGAAAACGAACAUGUUUUCACACGUGCGUACACGUGCGUAACUGGGAAAGUACAAACUUGAACCUACAUCCCCCGAGGCUUCUCGGCCACAUUCCGUCUCGGAGGCACGCAUCUUUUCAUCUUUUCAGCUAUUGUCGAUUGUCCUAAUAGGCCUACCUAAUCUUCAUUGGGGGAAAAUUAAAAGAAAAGAAAGAAAGAGACAGGAAGUUCUUUGCCCUGACACACAUGCAAAAAUAGCAACAGUUAAUAUACAUAUUAAAUAUCGCAACGUCAGAAGCAGCCAAGGUUGACCAAAUGUCUUAACUCACUUUCCCCCGUUUUUGAUAUCCCAGUUAUCACACGGCCAGAAUUUGUCUCAUUUUGGGUGGAAAAUGCAUGUUUAAACCUUGUUCGAGCAAGGGUGGAAUGUUUAAUCGCGGCUCUCCGUUGGAAACGAAGGGAUUCACGCCCAGGGCGAUUUUUAAAUUUGCCACAAAUAUUUCGAGAAUGGUUCGUAUAGUUCGCAACACAGGUGUGGCUGUCGCGAGAACCUGUUCGCGGGCAAGUGCAGCAGAAAAUUCUGUACCUCAUGUUGAAUGAUUGCUCACAAACAGAAAGGCUCUGACCAGUUUAUGCGCAUUUCUUAAAAUAAUACCGAAUAUUCGAGAUACGAAAACUUUGACCUGACGCGAAUGUUCAGCAAACAGUGUUUUUGAGAUUCAGAUAUACCAAACAGUCAUGGUUGACCACAUCUGAAUUAUUUUCCUCGUUCCAUUAUUUCUAAUAGAAUACAAAAGCUAAAUGCAGGCAUUUGUAGCUCAUAAGCGAGAAAUCGAGAGACAUACAACAUGGAAGGUCUUAAAGAUUUGCUUGCUCCUAAAACACUCCACUGGUUCAGUUAUGUGGCAAAUGUAUUUUGGAUUUUGCUCGGAAUUAUCCUAUCAGCAAUCUUUCUAAACAUUGAAAACAGCGAACCGAGAUUUGACUUUCGCUGUGGCUCAACUGGUGACAAGGAACUCAUUCGUGGAAAGUGUUACGAACAGUACGAUAAACUAUACAACAAAUUCCCUGUUUAUGGAUUCGUGAUUAUUAAUUUCAUUGUUACUGCAAGUGUAUGUGGAAUAUACUCACAAGCGGUGAAGUCGAGGGUUGAGGAAUUCGAACCCGACAAGAAUCUAGAUAAAGUAGAAAGGCAGACUCAACCGAGGAACAAUAACUUAUGCGGAAAAAAGCUUUUCAAAGCCUACUGUUUGCAACUUGUUGCCAGAUUUGCUGUCGGGAUUUCUUUUGUCCUUCUGCAGACCAAAUUACUUUAUCCUGUCAGCUUUCCCUCGAACUUUAAUUGUAACUUAACGAGAGAUGGGAAGUUUUCAGACAUCACGGCCAGUUCGUCUCACAACGUUACACAAACGCAAACUUCAUACGAAUGUCAUAAUCAGCGAGCGGCUAAGAAGACCUUCUGGGCUCAUGCCGUGAUCGUUGUAACUGGAACGUUUGCAUUUCUUGUGUUUUUCGAGUCUCUGUAUAUGUUUUUACGAGCAAGAAAAGUAAGCUUCAAAGACUUCACGGAUGACCCGGAAUUUUGUAAACAUUAUCUGAGUUCGAAUAAGCCAAAUCCUUCUACGGCAGAACAAAAGCAAGAGUUGUUACCAACUCCCAAUAAUGAACCGCAACAACAAGAGCCUGUUGACCAUCGACCCGAACUACAACCAUCAAACGUAUCACCCACAGCAUCCAGCAACGCUCCACCUGACUCGUCAAUCAACCGCACUCAAACAAAAAACGAAGAAACAUUUGUAGCUCCUUCCAUUGAACAAAUGAAGAAACAUGUCCGAGAAGUCACCAAACAACCUUACAAAGAUCUUAAAUCACCUUUUGAUAAUCCAGACGAAGGAAGAGGUCUAAAGCUUGACGAAAUCUUCACUAACUUGAUUUUUUAUGAGGGGAGAGCUGACUACAACUUUUCUGGAGACAGAGGGGAACAACUUAAAGAGUACCACAAAGCCAAUGAAAAAUUGCGACCAAAACGGCCAGGAGAUAUUUUCGAUGCUGAAAAGCGGAAGAUUCUUGUUGUCGGUCGUCCUGGGAUUGGAAAAACUAUGUUAAGCACAAAGAUUCUUCGCGACUGGGCGUCCGAUAAUUUGAUGAACAAAACACAAAAAUCACAAAUAGAUUUUAAAGUCGCUUUUCUAGUUAAGUUGAGGAUGUUCAACUCUACAGACAAAAAAGAACUAAAUCUUCGCGAGCUUCUGGAUCACUCAGAGUAUUCAACAGCUCUAUGUGAAGAGGCCUGGAGCUACAUCCGUAACAACCCAAAGCGUGUACUGAUUAUUUUUGAUGGAUUUGAUGAAUAUUCUGGGAAGAGUGAAUUUAAUAAAGAUGACGUUCCGUACAGAAACAGUGAAGAAGAGAAGAUGCCUGUCCAUUUCCUGCUGAAGAAAAUAGUAUCGGGAAAAAUUCUUACCGGCGCGACAGUCUUAAUGACUACAAGGCCUAAUGCCGUGCAAUGUAUCAGAAGUCUUAACUUUAAUAGAACAGUUGAAAUUCUGGGAUUUACAACUGACCAAGUGGAAGAUUAUGUAGAGAAGUUUUCAAAGCAGGAGGACAAAGCAGAAACCAUAAAGCAACACAUUACAAGUAACUCAAACCUUCUAGCCUUCUGCUAUAUCCCUGUGAAUUGUUACAUCAUUUGUUCGUGCUUGUUACAGUUGCUUCGUAACACUACUGGCUUUACUAGCCUCCCGACAAGACUGACAGAAAUAUACUCAGUUGCAAUAAAGAUGUUUUACUUUUGUUACGAUGAUAAUCAAUAUCGCCACGAUAAAGCCGAAGGUCAACCAUUUAUUCUAAAGAAGUUUAAGGAACUUUCUUCCGAUGUGCAAGAUGUGUUUGCACGUCUGGGAAAAAUUGCCUUUGAUGGAAUUAGAAAGGGAAAACUAAUUUUUGAAUCACACGAAGUUAAAGACCUAGCGAAUAAUGGCUUGUUCCACCGAUUACCUGAUAGUUUUAACGGUUUAACGCAAGGACGAGCACAAUAUUGUUUUAUGCACCUGACGAUGCAGGAGUUCUUGGCGGCGAAGCAUUUGGUGGACUCGUACAGUUCCGAAGACCUGCAGAAGUUUGUUUCCCAUCACAUCCAGGAUGGCGCGUGGAAGGUUGUGAUGCAGUUUGUGGCUGGACUGCUGGCUGAAAAAGAAGAACCAUCAACAGAUAUUUUCAGCGACCUUCUUCCCUCAGAAACUUUUACUAGAGGAGUUGAAAUCAAGACGAAUGAAGAUUCAGGGGAACGAUAUAAAACACUGACCCACUGGCCAUUCCACAAGGAAGACGGGACUUUAGUGGUGACGCUAUUCAAUUGCAUGUAUGAGAACAAAGCCUCUGAUCGAGAAGUUCAAAAGAAACUGGAGAAAAUUGGUUGUGAUGCGCUUGAUUUUACUUACUGUAACCUGUCACCUCUGGACUGUUUAGCAUUAGUGCAUGCACUUAAAUCGGUUGAAGGAAUUUUGUAUUUUGAUUUAAGCGGGAACAACCUUCAGUCGCUAGGAUGUAUUGAGAUUGCGAAGUUGUUACCUGGCAACCAACACAAUCAGGGCUUUUGCAAACUAAAAAGAUUAGACCUCGGCGCUAACAACAUAACUGAUGAAGGAGUGAAACAUUUAUCUAUAGCACUCACACACAAGAACUGCAAACUAAACAGCUUAUACCUCCGUGGUAAUAGAAUAACCCAGCAAGGUAAAAAUCUCUUAAUGAACAUUAACUGUAAAGUAUUUUUCUAG